AUGGCGACCAUUGCGUAUGAAGAUGGCGGCAUCAACAGGACUUCGAAGGCUUUGACGCAGCCCAAGUCGCAGGGCGCUUCCCAAGCCAUGCUGCAUGCGGUUGGCAUGAAGAAGGAGGACCUCAACAAAGCGCAGGUUGGGAUUUGCUCCGUGUGGUACCAGGGCAACCCAUGCAACAUGCAUUUGCUCUCCUUGGGUGACGAUGUCAAGAAGGAGGUUGACAAGGACCCACAGCUGUACGGCUUUCAGUUCAACACCAUCGGCGUUUCGGAUGGUAUGUCGAUGGGAACGAAAGGCAUGAUGUAUUCGCUGCCUUCACGAGAGAUCAUUGCUGACAGUAUUGAAUCAGUCAUGGGAGCUCAAUUCUACGACGCCCUUGUGACGAUUCCCGGGUGUGACAAGAACAUGCCAGGCUGCGUCAUGGCCAUGAUCCGCAUGAAUCGGCCCUCUCUGAUGCUGUAUGGAGGAACCAUCGCCUCCGGGCGCUCGUGCAAGGGUGAAGACCUGGACAUCGUCUCUACUUUCGAGGCCUAUGGGAAGUUUAUCGCUGGUACCAUCUCUGACGAGGACAGAGCCGACAUCGUGCUGAACGCAUGCCCCGGGCCGGGGGCGUGUGGUGGCAUGUACACUGCCAACACCAUGGCAACCGCGACGGAGGCUCUGGGGCUCUCGCUUCCUUACUCAAGCUCUUCGCCCGCCGCGUCGGCCGAGAAGCGAGCGGAGUGCCAACGAGCAGCCCAAUGCGUCAAGGCCAUGCUGGAAAGGAAUCUCAAGCCUAUGGACAUCGUCACGAAGAAGUCUUUCGAGAAUGCCAUGGUUCUUGUCAACGCACUAGGUGGAUCAACCAAUGCUGUGCUACACUUGCUCGCCAUUGCGGCCACUGCCGGCAUCGAGCUGAAAAUCGAUGACUUCCAGCGGAUUAGCGACAAGACAGCGCUGGUCGCCGACUUGAAGCCUAGCGGGAAAUACAGGAUGGAGGACGUACACCGCAUCGGUGGUAUUCCUGUGGUUAUGAAGUAUUUGCUGAAGCUUGGCUGGCUGCAUGGAGAUUGCCUCACGGUUACAGGCCAGACAUUGGCCCAAAACUUGGCCAACGUUCCAGAUGUGGACUUCGGGGCGCAAAGCGUGCUGCUGCCCCUGGAAAGGUGCAUUCAGAAGACUGGCAACAUCAAGAUUCUGCGCGGUAACCUUUGUGUGGAUGGCGCUGUGGCCAAGAUUACGGGGAAGGAGGGAACUUCCUUCACUGGCAAGGCGAACGUCUUUGACAGCGAGGAGGCAAUGCUGAAGGGCCUGGAGCAAGGCAAGAUCAACAAGGGCGACUUCAUCGUGAUUCGUUAUGAGGGCCCUAAGGGUGGCCCUGGUAUGCGCGAGAUGCUGACUCCAACGAGUGCCGUGAUGGGUGCUGGCUUGGGAAAGCACGUGGCUUUGAUGACGGACGGCCGCUUCUCUGGCGGUUCGCAUGGCUUCAUUAUCGGCCACGUGUCUCCCGAAGCCUUUGUGGGGGGAGCCAUUGCUCUCAUUCAGAACGGUGACAUGAUUACCGUGGACGCGAACAAGCUGCAGCUCACCAUGGACGUCUCGGAUGAGGAGUUGGCAAAGCGCAAAGCUGCAUGGAAGCCGCCCCCGCCCAAUGUGAAGACGGGAUACCUCGCCAAGUAUGCGAAGCUGGUUACGUCGGCAAGCCUUGGCUGCGUGACGGAUCGGUAG